AUGGACACGAAACCAUCGGCGCCAGUGUAUCCGCAAGCACCGCCGGCGUACGCAGAAGCCGCCCAAGGCGCUCCGAUCCCGAACGUCGUCUAUCCGCCGCCGUCGUCGCAACAACCGAACAUGGCACAGACGGUUCCGCAACAACCGGUAGGUGACCAAUACUCGUUUCAGUUUAUUAUAGUCCGCCAACGUUUUCAGAUCUACGUCGUCCAGCAGCCGCAGGAAAUCAUCAUUGUGCAGACGGCGAAAAUGGCGCCGAGCUUCGAUCCGUACUCGGAGUUCUGUCCGCGUUGUCAGGUGAGUACAAAAGCUUCUAGUUGAGCCUCGAUGGCUUUUGGUAAAAAAAACUUGCCCUACUUCUGCGGGCUGUAUCUCAAGAACCAGCAACGAUCGUGAAAAGUUGUCAACAGGCAAAUUGUUGCAAAUUUUAUGCUCUACAACUUUGUAGUUGACCACCAAACCCCAAAACGCUUCAAUUUCGAGUUAUCGCCGCCGACGUUUUUGCAGACGAACGUGACGACGCGCGUGGAGCGUACGAUGGGCUUCUGCUCGUGGACGAUGCUCUUCCUCGGACUCUUCGUCUUCUUCCCGCUCCUCUGCUGCUUCUGCCUCGACGGCUUCAAGGACUCGCGUCACUCGUGCCCCAACUGCGGCACCAUCCUCUCCUACAAACGCCGUUAA